AAAGAAAAAGGCAAAAAAUUGAUGGAGGAACGGGAUUUGCUGAUCGCUCCUUCACAAAUGUUGAAAAUUUUGCACGAUUUCUACCUGAAAUCGGCCGUUUCGGGAAUCGCGUUGUGCCUAAUAAUGAAGCUGCCAGUGUAACGGUUACGGUGAUUAUAAAAGUGACUCGGAAAUCGUGUUCGUUAAAUGGAGAAAAUCGUUACGAAAAAGUUUAUCUGAUUCUGAAAUUCUUCUGCCUUGCACAAAACGAGAAAAAAACGGAACUAUUCGGUUCAUAUCAAGAGAGGGGUGAAAAAGAAGAAAGGCGCUUAGUAAUCAAUCGGAAAGAGUGGUGAUUGGAGAGGAAGAUUUUUUUUUGUAAGGGGAAGAUGACCACGACAGGUGUCCUCCCGUUUGUGCGGGGAAUCGACUUCACCUACAAUGAUUUUAGCGAUGGGCGCUUCCCGCAGAACAUCAAACACAUGUCCGGGGUGCAGUGGCUCAAGCUGGAUCGCACCGGCAUCCAGGAAAUUCCGGAAGAGAUGGGUAAACUGAUGAAGCUGGAGCAUCUGUCGAUGAAGAACAACGACCUGGAGAAGCUCUAUGGGGAGCUCACGGAGCUGAACUGUUUGCGGUCGUUGAAUCUGCGCCGGAAUAAUAUUAAAAGCAGUGGUAUUCCGAAUGAGUUGUUCGAUCUGGAAGAGCUCACCACCCUCGAUUUGUCCCACAACAAACUGAAGGAGGUCCCGGAGGGAUUGGAGAAGGCCAAGAGCCUGUUGGUUCUGAAUUUGAGCAACAAUCAAAUCGAAAGCAUUCCACCGUCGCUCUUCAUCAACCUAACGGACCUACUGUUCCUCGAUUUGUCCAACAACAAGCUGGAAACGCUUCCGCCGCAGACACGUCGCCUUUCCAAUCUGCAAACCUUGAUACUGAACGACAAUCCGCUGGAGCUGUUCCAGUUGCGGCAACUUCCUUCGCUUCAGAAUUUGGUGUGCCUUCAGAUGCGCAACACUCAGCGUACGCUGCUAAACUUUCCCACAUCGCUCGAUAGCUUGUCGAAUCUGCAGGAGCUGGACCUUUCCCAGAACGCGCUGUCUAAAAUCCCGGACGCUCUAUACAACUUGGCAAACCUGAAGCGAUUAAAUUUGAACGACAACGUUGUCCAGGAGCUUUCGCCCUUGAUCGAGAAUUGGUCCAAAUUAGAAACAUUGAACCUGUCCCGGAACCAGCUGGUGGGUUUGCCUCCCACCCUGUGUAAGUUGCAAAACCUGAGACGGCUGUAUGUUAACGACAAUCAGCUGAACUUCGAGGGGAUUCCUUCGAGUAUCGGGAAAAUGGGAGCUUUAGAAGUUUUCAGUGCCUCAAACAACCAGCUGGAGAUGGUCCCAGAGGGUUUGUGCCGCUGUGGUUCCCUGAAAAAGUUGAAUCUUAGUUCCAACAAGUUGAUAACCCUUCCGGAGGCCAUUCAUCUGCUAACCGAUAUGGAUCAGUUGGAUUUGCGGAACAAUCCGGACUUAGUAAUGCCCCCAAAACCAGUCGAAGUACAAAGGGGUGAUGGCUUAGCCUUUUACAACAUUGACUUCUCACUUCAAACCCAACUGAGGUUAGCGGGGGCAAAUGUCCCAGCACAAGCUCAGCAACCGAACAGUAGCAAGGAUCCGAUUGCGCGGAAGCUUCGUUUGAGACGGGGUGCCCGGAAUGAUUCCGCCGAUCAGGACUCAGCUAAGGUUUUGAAAGGUAUGCAGGACCUCGCAAAGGAUAAGAAUGCCCUCGGAUUCGAAGAUGAAAAGGUGGAGAAUUUGAAACCGAAGCGAUGGGACGAAAGUUUAGAGAAACCUCCGGUAGAUUAUUCGGAAAUAUUUGAGGAAGAAGAUGGACAGGAAGUAGGUCUAACGGUUUGGGAAAUCGAAAACUUUUUGCCGAAUAAAAUUGAAGAAGCUGCCCAUGGCAAGUUUUACGAAGGCGAUUGCUACAUUGUGCUGAAAACGGUUCAUGACGAUGCCGGGCAGCUGAAUUGGGAGAUCUAUUUCUGGAUCGGAACCAAGGCUACCCUGGAUAAGCGAGCUUGUGCAGCAAUCCAUGCUGUGAAUCUGAGGAACUAUUUGGGGGCACGCGGCAGAACGAUUCGAGAAGAGCAAGGCGACGAAUCGGACGAGUUUUUGGCUCUGUUCGAUACAGAAGUUACCUACAUUGAGGGUGGCAGAACUCCGACUGGUUUCUACACGAUUGAAAACCUGGUCUACAUCGUUCGAUUAUACAGAAUUCACGAUGCGGGAGCUAACAUUCACAUGGAACCUGUAGAAGUGACCCACGAAUCGCUGGAUCCGGGACACGUAUUCCUGUUGGACACAGGCCUUCAAAUCUUCGCCUGGUACGGUUCCAAAUCCAAAAAUACCCUUAAAUCGAAGGCACGGUUCAUGGCCGAAAAAAUCAACAAAAAUGAAAGGAAAAACAAAGCAGAAAUCUUCCAAGAAUGCCAAGGUAAUGAAGGCGUUGAGUUCUGGAAAGCUUUCGGCUUUCCUGAUGGUCAAGGUCCGGGUGAAAAACCUUCAGCUCACGUUGAUCCAGCUUUCCUUCCUGUCUCCCCUCGCCUUUAUCAAAUUCAGCUAGGCAUGGGUUACCUGGAACUGCCUCAAGUCGAGUUACCAAGCAAAACACUUCAUCACAACAUCCUCAACAGCAAGAACGUUUACAUUCUGGAUUGUUACCUGGACCUUUUUGUUUGGUUUGGCAAGAAAUCUACUCGCCUGGUGCGGGCAGCUGCCAUCAAACUGUCCCAGGAGCUGUUCAAUAUGAUCGAACGCCCGGAGUACGCACUGAUAACCCGGGUUCAGGAAGGGACCGAGACGCAGGUUUUCAAAUCCAAGUUCAUCGGUUGGGACGAAGUAAUUGCCGUUGAUUUCACUCGUACUGCACAAUCCGUAGCUAGAACCGGGGCCGAUCUUACCGGAUGGGCCAAAAAGCAGGAAACGAAGGCUGAUUUGGCGGCUCUCUUCAUGCCGCGUCAACCCGCUAUGACUUUGAUGGAAGCACAACAGUUGGCGGAUGACUGGAACUACGAUCUGGAUGUGAUGGAAUCCUUCGUAUUGGAAGGGAAGAAGUUCGUCCGAUUGCCAGAAGAAGAACUGGGUAUCUUCUACACUGGCGAAUGCUAUGUAUUCCUCUGUCGAUACUGUUUACCGGUGGAUGAUGACGAGGAGGACGAAGAAGGGGCGGAUAAUGUAGACGGCACCAAUGGAAGCUCCUCCAACGUUAAACCCAACGGAUCGGGAGCUCCCGCUGCCGAAGAAAUCCAGUGUGUCGUUUACUUCUGGCAAGGCCGCGAAGCCGGCAACAUGGGCUGGCUGACGUUUACCUUCACCCUGCAGAAGAAGUUCAAAUCAAUGUUCGGGGAGCAGUUGGAAGUGGUGCGGAUCCACCAGCAGCAGGAGAAUCUAAAGUUCAUGUCCCACUUCAAGGGCAAGUUUGUGAUAAAGAACGGACGCCGAAAGGAGAAGCAGAAAACGCCAGAAGGUAAACAGCCUGUCGAGUUCUAUCAUCUACGUUCGAAUGGCAGUGCGCUGUGCACCCGUCUGAUCCAGAUUAGAGCCGAUGCCACCAAUUUGAAUUCCGCUUUCUGCUACAUUCUUUUCGUUCCCUUCGAAACGGAGGACGAUUCGGAAUCGGGUAUCGUGUAUGUUUGGAUGGGUUCCAAAACUUCCUCAGAAGAAUCUCGGUUGAUCCAGGAGAUUGCCGAAGAUAUGUUCAACAAUCCGUGGGUUAGCUUACAGAUCCUCCAAGAAGGUGAGGAACCGGAGAACUUCUUCUGGGUAGCGCUCGGAGGCCGCAAACCGUACGACCCCGAUGCCGAGUACAUGGACUACACCCGGCUGUUCCGGUGCUCGAACGAGAAGGGUUACUUCACGGUGGCGGAAAAGUGUUCCGACUUCUGCCAGGACGAUCUAGCCGAUGAUGACAUCAUGAUUCUGGACAACGGGGAGCAGGUAUUCCUGUGGCUGGGAUCCCGCUGCAGCGAGGUGGAGAUCAAGCUCGCCUACAAAUCGGCACAGGUCUACAUCCAACAUAUGCGCAUCAAACAACCGGAACGACCCCGGAAGCUGUUCCUGACCCUCAAGAACAAGGAAUCGAAACGCUUCACCAAAUGCUUCCACGGAUGGAGUGCCCACAAACGUCCCCCGGAGUAAGGAGGUCCAACAACCGGAAUUAAAACGCACAACAACGCAACCCCUGCCUGCUCCGCUUAAAGAACACCCGUAACCAGUUGAAAAUGAUUGAUUUCUUUUCUGUUCUUUUAUAAAAACAGCCAAGCAGGUUUGUACUUAACGCUUAACGGUAUUUUAUUUUCGUUUCUACUUAGAGAACAAAAACCAUUGUGUAUUUGUUACGUUUAUUCAUGGCAACAACUAACUUGUGUUUUGAUUUUAACCGCGUCGUUUCAAUUAUUUUCCUGUCUUCCACGAAAACCAAAAACCAGAGAAGCUGAGAAAGUUGUAUUGCACAUACUAUUCCUAUGUUUUGUUGCGUUGUUGAUCUUUGUUUAUUGGCUUUCGUUUCUUCUGAAAAUCCUGUAGCUCUGUACUGUAAAUAACGAUUGAAAGGUCGAUGUCAGAGUCGAAUUGAAAGUUGUUUUUUUUUUCUUCUCAAGAAUAUCGUAAGAAAGUGGCAAACGUUGUCGUCUACUGCACACAUUUUUGUAACAAGUUCUGUUAGGGAUUUCUCCCAUUUUUUUUUUGCUUUGUAAUUAUUAGGGAUUUUAUUCGCGAAGAAGUGUAGAAGAUUGAUGAGAAGAGACAUUAGUUGGAUAGUAAUAAAUAUAUACACAAUCUAUAAUAUGUAGAAAACUUAAGCAUAACGACGAUAACUGCAAUAUUCAUAAAAAUAAAUAAAACACAUAUUUAAGCACAACUGCAUCACGAGAACGAUUUAAAGAUGUUUCAACUAUUAAUGUGCGGGUUGAGUAGUGAUAUCUUCGAAAGAACAGUCCCUCCUGAGAGUGCUUUAAGUUUAAGGAUCGAGUGAAUGGGGUCCGGUUUCUUUUUUGAACAUCAGUAGCUAAAAGAA